GCGGAGAAUCGACCGCGGAUCCAAUGAUGUGUUUUUCCUCCGCGCCUCCCGGACGGUAACGAUCGCCGAGGUCCCGGCUCUCCGCACGUCACGAUCGAACGCGCAAAAGCGCGCAGGUUGUGCGUCGAUACGCGGAACUUUUCGGAGGGGGGGGUCCGGGGACCGGCACCGACCCGCAGCUUCUCCUGGUCGGUGUUGACGCGGAUCUGAUGGACGGUCCUGUCCGUCGCCCAGCGGGGAUCCUCGCCUCCCCCCCGCCUUCUGAGAACCGGCCCGCGGGCUCCGACAUGCUCACCUCCGGCGCCAGCGGCGGAACCAAACCUCUGGCGUUCUCUAUUGACCGGAUUAUGGCCCGGACUCCCGAACCCAAGUCGAUACCGCUCCCCAGCUGGAUCCAGCCCGGUCCCGCGGGGAAACUGGACUGUCCGUCCUCGGUGCACUGUAUGAUCCCGCUGGUGCCGCUCGGGUACGAGUCCGGCCACAGGCUCAGCCUCACCGGGCUGGAUCCGGGUCACUUCGACGCGUCGCCUUUGGGCUCUCCUGCAGACUUUUUGGGUUUGGGUUUGAACUAUAAGAACCAGUCCGAGGACGCGGCUGUGAGCCAAGGCUCCGGACAGUACAAACUCUUCAGACCCCGGAUCGUGGACCAGUCCUCGUUCCCCGCCGUGGGCACCGUGUGCUACCUGAACUGCGGCGCGGAAAGCAGCGCGUGCCCCGCCGCCUGCGGAUUAGUCAACCUGCACCCGAUGACCUCCUACCUGCUGUCCGCGCGUCACAAAGCCUUUAUGACGGACAAGAACAAACCGGGUCUGCAGCACGCCGGGGACCGGUACCCUCUGACCGGGGUCCAGGCCUUCAAGGAACUGUCUCCGAGCCAGAUCCAGCACUACAUGAAGGAGCGGGACCAGAUCCUCACGGAAAAGAUCUUUAAAGGCCCGGGGUCGGCGGCGGCGGCGGCGGCGCGGCUCGGCGGCUCGUGUCCGAGCGGAAAACCCAAAGUCUUCACCUGUGAGGUCUGCGGGAAGGUUUUUAACGCGCACUACAACCUCACGCGCCACAUGCCCGUGCACACGGGCGCGCGCCCGUUCGUGUGCAAAGUUUGCGGGAAGGGCUUCAGGCAGGCGAGCACGUUGUGCAGACACAAGAUCAUCCACACUCAGGAAAAGCCGCACAAAUGUAACCAGUGCGGGAAAGCCUUCAACCGCAGCUCCACGCUCAACACGCACACGCGCAUCCACGCGGGAUACAAACCGUUCGUGUGCGAGUUCUGUGGGAAAGGAUUCCACCAGAAAGGAAACUACAAGAACCACAAGCUGACGCACAGCGGCGAGAAGCAGUUCAAGUGUUCGAUCUGCAGCAAGGCAUUCCACCAGGUCUACAAUCUGACCUUCCACAUGCACACGCACAACGACAAGAAGCCCUUCACCUGCCCCACCUGUGGGAAGGGCUUCUGCAGGAACUUUGACCUGAAGAAACACGUCAGGAAGCUGCACGACCCGGCCGGACCACAGUCACCGCCUCAGAACAACUGACCCUGACCUCUGACAUCCGGGUGUCAUCUGAUGGACGUGCUGAGAGAUGUGGACACAGCACAGUGAGUGUGGACAGG